CCACAAUUGUGCUAGAAAUUAUAAUGAGAAUCGAGGUAUCCUAGGUUGCCGCUUACCUUCUCCAACCACAUGUCCGUACUGCUACGCACGAUUGUUUACUCGAGAAACUUUGAAUAUGUGUUGCUUGAAAGGAAGAGUUGCUUUACCCCCAAUACAAUCUCUACCAGAAAUGGUUGCUCUUUUCUCUGACCAAACAAAUGAGGGUAGACACUUCAGGCAAAAUAUUCGAGCUUACAAUCACGCAUUUGCAUUCACUUCAAUGGGAGUACACGUGGAUGAAAGAAUAAAUAUUAGUGGCCGUGGGAUUUACACAUUUCGUGCUCAAGGUGCAUUAUAUCAUAAGAUUGGUGGACUUUUACCACAUGAAGGAAACAGACCGCGAUUUUUACAAGCCUAUAUAUAUGACACUGAGCAUGAAGUUGAAAACCGAAUGUGUGAAAGUGAAGUUUUAGAUAGACGUGUGGUUGAAAAGAUACAACAGAUGUUGAACAACCAUAAUCCUUUUGUUCAUACAUUGCGAAGCCUCGGACAACGCCAAGAUUUGCCGAAUUGCAAGUUGAUCCUAAAAGAGCAACCAAUAGAUCGGCGUCAGUAUAAUCUACCAUCAGCAUCACAAGUUGCAGCAAUUAUAAUAGAUGGAGAUGAUGCCACCAUUGCAAAUGGAAGGGAUAUCGUGGUCGAGACAAUUAGUGGAAGACUUUCUCACGUCCGAGACUAUGUCGGAUUUUAUGAUCCGUUACAGUAUCCACUAUUGCUACCUUACGGUACAUAUGGUUGGGAUGUUAAUAGUCGUGAUGAUGGUGGAAGAGCAAUAACAUGUUGCGACUAUUAUGCUUAUAUGUUACAGAUACGCCAUAAUGGAUCAUCACUUUUGCUUCGAGGUGGGCGUCUCUUGCAACAAUAUGCUGUAGAUAACUACAUUAAAAUUGAAUCACAAAAACUUCGAUGGCUGCGUUCUAAUCAAGCCACAGUUAGAGCAGAUCUCUAUAAAGGACUUCAAGACUCUUUAAAUGCAGGUCAACACAAUGCAGGUAGCAUUGGGCGUAGAAUUAUUUUACCAUCAUCAUUUGUUGGAAGCCCACGUGACAUGUACCAACGAUAUCAAGAUGCAAUGACUCUGGUUCAAAGAUUCGGAAAGCCAGAUCUUUUUAUUACCAUGACAUGUAACCCAAGUUGGGAAGAAAUCAAAAGUGAAUUACUCGCUGGACAAACUCCACAAGAUCGUCCUGACUUACUCACUAGAGUAUUUCGUGCAAAACUUGAGCAACUAAAAGAAGACAUCAUUGAAAAGGGGGUACUGGGCAGUGUUGUUGCGUACGCAUACGUUAUUGAGUUUCAGAAACGUGGUCUUCCACAUGUGCAUAUGCUGGUGGUGUUAGAUGAAAAUGAUAAGAUCAAUAACCCCGAUGAGUAUGACCGAAUUGUUAGAGCUGAAAUACCAAACGAAGACGUAGAGCCUCAACUUUACAAUGUGGUGUUAAAGCAUAUGAUUCAUGGCCCAUGUGGGAUUCAUAAUCCUCAAUCUCCAUGUAUGAAAAAUGGGAGUUGUAAAAGAAAGUAUCCCAAACCAUCUGCACCAGUCACUGUUCAAGGAAAUGAUUCGUAUCCAAUUUAUCAAAGGCGAGGAAAUCGAUUGCCCGUUUCUCUUGAUCGACAAGGAAACAUAAUGGUUGAUAAUAGUUGGGUCAUUCCAUAUAAUCCAUGGUUGCUGUUAAGGUAUGAUUGUCACAUCAAUGUUGAAAUUUGUGCAAGCAUAAAAAGUGUCAAGUACUUAUAUAAGUAUGUUUACAAAGGCCCAGAUAGAGUGACAGUCGAAGUGCAAUCAGACCUUGAAUACGAUGAAAUAAAGCAGUUUCAGGAUGCAAGAUGGGUUUGCGCACCAGAGGCAUUAUGGAAGAUAUUCAAGUUCAUUAUUAAUCGAAUUUACCCAUCUGUUGAGCGAUUGCAAAUACAUCUUCCUAAUAUGCACCAAGUUCAGUUUCGUGCCGACGAGAGCAUAAUAAAUAUUCUACAUGAUGAGAGUACAAGAAAGACAAUGUUAAAUGAAUUUUUUACACUUAAUCAUGUGGAUGCAGAAGCGCGCGACGGUACUUUAUACAUGGAAAUCCCAUCACAUUACAGAUGGAUUCAAGCUUAA